AUAAAGAAAAAAAAAAGGAAAAAUCCUCGAGUUCAUCGUGAGAUAAUAUUAGCCAAAAGAAACGAGAGACUUCCUCUCUCUCCCUCAAAACACCAAAAAUCCCUCUCUGUUGAAAAUAAACCAAAAACAAAAUCCUUUUUGGGUUUCUUCUUCUUUUUCUUCGAAGAAAUGGAGUCUCUAGACACGGCUGCUUGUUUCAUGGUGGAUGACCUUUUGGACUUCUGUUCUGAUAUAGGAGAGGAAGAGGAUGGUGAAGAACACCAGAGGAACAGCAAAAAAUCCAGAAGGGCACUUCCUUCCCUUAACCCUAAUGCCCUUCACCCGGCUUCUUUCAACGUUUUGGAACAUAGUUUGUUACCUGAAUUUGCAGAGGAAGAGCUGGAAUGGUUAUCGAACAAAGAUGCGUUCCCAACAGUCGAAACUUGCUUCGGUAGCCUCUCCGGUGAGCCAGGCAGCAUUCCCAAGCACCACAGCCCAGUUUCCGUGCUCGAAAACAGCACUACUAGCAGCACCAGCAACAGUGGCAAUAGCAGUAAUAGUAACAUUAUUAUGAGUUACUGUCGACUUCGCGUGCCUGUUAAGGCUCGUAGCAAGCGCCACCAUAGACACCCUCGAGAAAUCCAAGAGCAAGAGUGUUGGUGGAGUCAGGAAAAUUUCAUAACGAGGAAACCGGCUGUGUCAGUAGCAAAAUUGGGGAGAAAAUGUCAGCAUUGUGGUGUUGAAAAGACUCCACAAUGGCGGGCAGGUCCAGAUGGACCUAAAACAUUGUGUAAUGCUUGUGGGGUGAGAUACAAGUCUGGUAGAUUGGUGCCUGAGUACCGACCUGCAAAUAGUCCAACGUUCUCCAGCAAAUUGCACUCGAAUUCGCAUAGGAAGGUUGUGGAGAUGAGGAGGCAGAAGCAGAUGACGGGGUUACUUGUUGCGAAGCCGAUGGAUAAAGGGUAGGAUAGUGGCAAUUCGAUUUUUAUUUUUUAGAGUUAUUUUACUACUAGCAUGGUUAGGGAGUAGGGGGGGCUUGGUGUGAUGGGAUAGGUGAUUAGUGAUGAUGUUUGUUUUGGAGGAAAUUUACAGGGGAAUUUUGACUUUUAGUUUGUUUGGUUGGUUGGUUGUGUUCUUAGAAAUAGAAAGCAAGGCCGUGCUAUUUGUUUUUUUCGUAUCUUAAUUCUUUGCUGUAUUGCUUGGAUAGGAUAUGAUGAGACUUAGGGUUAGUGCGGUGUGCAAGAGCAAGGUUUUUGGUUAGGUUGUGCUUGCUUUGAACUAACUAAUUUCUUAUGGUUAGUGGCAAUUUUAUGAGCUGUAACACAAUUCAAAUUGGUUGUUUAGAGAGAAUCCUCCUUGAGUUUCCUAAAUACAGACAUGGGUAUUGCAGUGAA